AUGGAGAACCACGACCAUCUGAUAACGAUGCGAGUGAAGCAGUACAUCGAGGAGCACAGCGGUGAAACCCACCUGUAUGUGGAUCAGGCGACCAGGGAGUUGAUGCAAAAGUACCCGGAGUACUCGCGACGCGAAUUUGAACCCUUCAGGCAGUUGGUACUUCAAGCAUUCUCCAUAGUCUCCGAUAGCUACAACUUGGACAUGGUCGAGGCGCCACCAAGUAAGCCGCUGGCUGCCAAGCCCAUCAGCGAACCCAUCGAUAUAUCCAUUGGGGAGGACAACGACGAUGACUCCAAUACCAGCACCACCAACGGAGAUGGGCAACCAGCUCCACCGGAAGUUCAGGCCAAUGCUCUAAAACGCCUGAUGGAAGAUCUGCCGGAGACAACGGCGGUUCCCAAGAAAACAGCUAAAUUGAAUACUAUUCCAGGCUCGGGACCAGAUUCCGCACACGAAUUUCCACCAGGUGUCGGUCAUGGGGGUGAAAAUCAUCACUCCGAGGACGCCGAGGAUCAUGGUAAUGCAUCCAGUUUGGAUCAGCAGCUGCAUCCAAACCAAAACCAAAACCAAAACCAUGACCGCCCGCGGAAGUACAAGAAGACGCUGAAGAUGUACCACCCCAGGCAAAGUUUCUGGGACAUUGGCGGCAUGGAAACCGCCCUGAAGGAGCUCUGCCAGAUUCUGAUCCAUAUCAAGUCGCCGAAGUCAUACUUUCACUUGGGACUGUUGCCCUCGAAGGGUAUUUUGCUGCAUGGCCCGCCAGGAUGUGGCAAAACCUUUCUAGCCCGUGCCAUAAGUGGGCAACUUAAAAUGAGGCUGCUGGAAGUGCCGGCCAAGGAGCUGAUUGGUGACAUCUCCAACGAGACCGAAGAGCGCAUACGCGAGGUCUUCGAACAGACCAUUAACUACUCGCCUUGCGUGCUCUUCAUCGACGACAUCGACGCCAUCGGUGGCAACCGCCAGUGGGCCUCAAAGCUGAUCAGCAGCUGGGAUAACCUAAGAGCCAACCAGUUUGGUCACUCCGUGCUGGUCAUUGGGGCCACCACGCGUCCCGAUGUCCUCGAUCGUCGCCUACGUAGCAUUGAACGCUUCGCUCACGAGAUCGCCAUACACAAACCGUCGCGCAAGGAGCGCCGUAAUAUCCUGCGCAUCAAAUGCAUGCGACUGCCCAUUGAUCCGAAGCUUAACUACAAUAAGGUUGCCGAACUAACACCUGGUUAUUCGGGCGCUGAUCUGAAGGCCUUGGUCGCGCGCGCAUUUUCCGUGGCCGUAAGGCGUAGGUCCAUGAAGAAGUUCCGUGAACUGCGCGAUGCCAGAGAGAAGAACAUGAUCACGGUUAUUUUGGAUGACGAUGAGUCCGUCGAGGGGUCAGGCGAUGACGAGAUCGACGAGGCGGAUGGUGACAAGGAAAACACCGAUGAUAAUGACAACGCAGGGGGCGACACACCCAACACUGAAUCCCCCAAGAAAUCCCCCACCAAUGGCGAAUCACCGGGAGAACCAGUGGACGAAAAGCCGGAGGCCGUUGAGCAGGAAGCGGACUCAUCCGACGACGAAUACUACGAGCCCAUGCUGGCCGAGCUGAUCAACUUUGUGGACCAUCCUCCCAAGAAGUUUGCCGAUCCAAAUUUCUGCAUCACUCUCGACGAUUUCGUGAACGCCAUCAAGGUAAUGCAACCUUCGGCCAAAGGCGAGGGCUUCAUCACUGUGCCGGACACCACCUGGGAUGAUAUUGGGGCACUCGAGAAAAUUCGCGAACAACUUAAGCUGGCUCUCGUGGCGCCAAUUAAGUAUCCAGAGAGGCUGGAACGCCUGGGAUUGAAUGCUCCUUCGGGAGUUCUGCUCUGCGGUCCGCCAGGUUGCGGCAAAACCCUUCUGGCCAAGGCUAUUGCCAACGAGGCUGGCGUCAAUUUUAUUUCCGUCAAGGGCCCCGAGCUAAUGAAUAUGUAUCUUGGCGAAGGCGAACACGCUGUGCGUGCCUGCUUCCAACGUGCCCGUUACUCGACACCCUGCGUCCUCUUCUUUGACGAAUUCGACUCCUUGUGCCCCAAACGCUCGGAUGGGGGCGAGGGAAAUAAUUCUGGCACUCGUAUGGUUAACCAAUUGCUGACCGAAAUGGAUGGCGUCGAGGAGCGCAAGGGUGUUUACAUCCUGGCGGCGACCAACAGGCCGGAUAUCAUUGAUCCGGCCAUUCUGCGUCCCGGUCGCCUCGACACCAUUCUGUACGUUGAUUUCCCCGAUCAGAGCGAACGUGCCGAGAUCCUAAAAGCCAUCACAAAGAACGGAAAGCGUCCUCUGCUGGCAGAGGAUGUAAGCCUCGAGAAGCUGGCUGCCCAAACAGAGGGCUACACUGGCGAGGACCUGGCAGGACUAAUUAAACAGGCCUCCAUGUUCUCCCUGCGCCAAUCUUCAAGCGAUGACAAAUUCAAACUAGACGAUCCAUGCUUACACAGUCAUCAUUUCAAAGAUGCUCUACAAAAGUUGCGCCCCUCAGUUUGCGAACAGGAUCGCAAAAGCUACGAUGAGCUGCGCCUGAAGUACGCUGGGUACGCUUAG